AUGGCGACAAAACGACUGAGAGGGUAUGUCGUGAAGUACAGUGCAGACGAAGGCAUAGGUUUCAUCAAGCCAGUCCUCAAGCACGCAACCACUGUAUGUUGUGGUGGUGGAAAUGUACUUCACGUGGAACCGACUGAUCGGAUCAUCUUUUACAGUAGGGAUGUGUGCUCGGAGACUGAGAGAGGACAUACUGCAAUGGUUCCAGUGGUACCUGUAGGGGGGAUCGUCUUGUUUGCGUUGCACGGCCGUAAAUCUUCGGCGCGUGGCUUCACGUCAGGCGCCGAUGUGGUGUUUAGUGCCACAAAUGUCACGAUGGAUGAAGUAUCAUCACAGAUUUCUUUACAAUACCUCACCGAGUCCGAAUGGAUGGCGUGGAGAGCGGAGCGAAAGUGGAUGGAUAACAUGCUACAGGAUAGGGCCUGGCGAGACUCUUUUGUCUUUGAUGAGGCUACGUUGAGUUCGGCCUGUGGAAUUCCCAUCGACUUUUAA